ACAUAUUCGUUGGUAUAAAUAUAGAUUGGUCUACAGUAUACAGCGUGCAGACAAGUUGCAGACAAAAGACCAGUGUUUCGGGCAAACUGUUUUGAUAUUCAGAAUGCCAGUGGAUAUAAAUCAGUGGAACGGAGAAUUAGCCCUCAACGAAGUGGACGAGAAGCCUGCACAUCCUCUCGUUGUGAAGUAUGGCUCCCUUGAAAUUGACGAACUGGGCAAAGUGCUCACACCCACCCAGGUGCAGAACCGUCCUACAGCUAUAGAGUGGGAUGGUUGUGACUCCAGCAAGCUAUAUACGCUGGCCAUGACAGAUCCAGAUGCCCCGAGUAGAAAAGACCCCAAGUUCCGGGAAUGGCAUCACUUUCUAGUGGUGAACAUGAAAGGAAAUGACAUCGCCAGUGGAUGCGCCAUGUCUGACUAUGUUGGGUCUGGACCGCCCAAAGGAACUGGUCUCCACCGCUACGUGUGGCUGGUCUACGAGCAGCCCGGGUCGAUCUCCUGCACCGAGUCCGUUCUCACCAACCGAUCGGGCGACAACCGAGGCAAGUUCAAGCUCCAGAACUUCCGGAAGAAGUACAAGCUGGGAGCGCCGGUGGCCGGGAGCUGCUACCAGGCGGAGUGGGACGACUACGUUCCGAAGCUGUACGAACAGCUAGCCGGAAAGUAGGCCAGCCGGUUGCGUUGCCGCGGCAGCGACACAGAAAAAACACGAGCGGAAAUAAGCUGUGUAGAUCCCUAUAACUGACAAAAGGCCAUUGUAUGAUCAAGCGUUGCUUUUCAAACACCGUGAUUUAUUGCAAAAGUUCCCAUUAACCUCUUGAAAGAUUGGACCGGUGACUGCACCGGAUGUUGUCGCACUGACCAUAAUAAAUGAAUUGUUGACCGAGUGA